GCCAACGACAUUUGGCUCGUGGGCUCCGUCGUGUUCUUCCUUGUGUGCUUGGUGACCAACCUGACUGUCGUGCUCGAGACCUGCUACCUCAACUGGAUCGUGGGACUCGGUCUUUUCCUGUCCCUCCUGGCUUGGAUCGUCUUCCAAGGGUACAUUUCCGGCCUACAUGGGGUGGUUGUGACCUCUGAGUUCUAUGGCUCCAUGCAGCGCCUGCUAGGCUGCCCCAUGAUCUACCUGCUCGUUCUGACAAGCACGGCUAUGGCCCUGAUGGCGGACAUCCACACCAAAGGUAUCAAGUGCUCCUUUUUCCCAACCGUGCUACAUCAG